AUGGCGGCGGAGGGCGGUGCGGAGCCCGCUGGCGGAGCGGGGCUGAUGCCGGUCCCGUCCUCGUCCCUCUCCCUCGUGGAGGGCAGCACCGGCCGCGCCGCCCGCGUCGGGGACCCCGGGGACUUGGUGGCCCUGGCCCGGCAGGUGCAGCAGGCGGACGACUUCAUCCGGGCCAAUGCCUGCAAUAAACUGACCAUCAUCGCCGAGCAGAUCCGGUGCUUGCAGGAGCAGGCUCGCAAGGUCUUGGAUGAAGCUAACCGAGAUGCUGACCUGCACCACGUGGCCUGUAACCUCGUGAAGAAGCCAGGAAACAUUUACUACAUGUACAGGCGGGAGAGUGGCCAGCGAUACUUCUCCAUCCUCUCUCCUAAGGAGUGGGGGAUGAGUCCCCAUGAAUUUCUCGGUGCCUAUAAGCUCCAGCACGACAUGUCCUGGACUCCCCUGGAGGACUUGGAGAGACGAGAUGCUGAAAUCAACAUCCUGGAGAAGCUGCUGAGCCGCCAGGCAGCGCUGCCCCCCUGCACUGAGCCCAACUUCCAGGGCCUGACCAAGUGACACAGGCACCAUACGGACACGAGGUACCUGUGUUCUGCCAAAGACAGGGCAAGGAAAGAGACCAAGGAAUGAAGAUGCUGAUGCUGCCAGUACUUGCUCUGUGCUUUAAAGACCCUCAUUCUGCAUUCAGCCUUACUGGA